UAGUUCGAAUUAUAAAAAAAAUUCUAAAAAAUUAGACAAAAAUAAAAACGUAACAUCUUGAUUCUUACAGUUUGUUGUAAAUUUAAUUUGUUAUUAAAGAUUUGGUCUAGUUUUAAACAGUCAAUAAGUAUAAGUUUGUAUAUAUUAGCAUUAUAGCAUACGAUCAGUAGUUAUGAUAUAUUUAAUCAAAUUGUAAUCUUUUCUUUUAAAAUCGUACCUAUAAGAUUGCGUCGUAAGGUCAAUAAUUAGUAGAAAUGGAUGAUAAUUUGCCAAGCGAUGAUGAAAUCAAAGAUUCGCCGAUGAGUCCCAAAUUAGGGGGCAAGAAAUUAAAGUUAAAUGAUGGGAGUUCACAAGACAGUCUUAACGAAGAGGCAUCAGGAAGUAAAGAUAUUCAAAACGAGAAUGUAGACAGCGGUGUAUCUGCUGAUAAAUCGGAAAGUCCUAGUGAAGUAAAUAGCGAAGAGCGUGCAGUUUCGUCUAAUAUGGAGCCAACCAAUGAAGUAGUUAAUGCAGCACCAUCCAGCAGCAACGUACGAGCUAUUUUACUGGAUUUGCGACGCCCAAGACACUGCAGAAUAUAUAGAAAGCGUAAGACACCUGACCGUGAUUCUGAUGAGAACUCUUCAAGGGAUUCUGAUGACUUGUCAAAUGAUGAGAGAUCAGGCAACAUUCAGCUGUUUAAUACUUACUAUGAAAGUGCACCAGGUUCUUCAAUUAAUUCAUCUCCCAGCAUUAGUUCAAGUGAUUCAGCAGAAAGCAGUAAUAAUGUUUACAGUGAAGAUAAUACUCUUGACUUGGACUUAGAAGAAGAUGGAGAUAGUGAAGACACUGUAUUUCUUGAAAAUGAACAGACUUCAUCUCAAAAUAAACAAGAAACAGCAACUCCACCUGUACUUCUAAAAACAAGACCUCAACAUAAUUACGUAAUUCUAAGAGAAGUUAUUAAUCGUGAAAUGGGUCUGACAUUUCCAUUGGGAAAAGCCAUUAAAGAAGAUGUAAUUUUUGAGCAAAAGUUCUAUGGCUCAUUGCAUGCAGUAUACAGAAUGGCAAAAUUUGACUCACUAAUGAAACAUCGAGGCUGUGUUAAUUCCAUUAACUUCCAUCCAGAGGGUCAUUUAUUGGCCUCUGGUUCAGAUGAUACCAAUGUAAUAGUAUGGGACUGGGCAAGAAAUACACCAAUACAAAUGGUGAAGACAGGACACAAAUCAAAUGUGUUUCAAAGCAAAUUCCUCUAUUUGAAUGCACAGACGCAACUCAAUAUUGUCACUUGUGCGAGGGAUGGACAAGUUCGAUUAAUCCAAUGUCCGGCUAGCGGAAUGAGCGGCGCGUCGCGUCGUAAGCUCGCGAACCACGCUCGGGCCGCGCAUAAAGUGCACGUGUCAGCUCACGAACCACAUUUGGUCAUCUCUGCCGGAGAAGACGCGGUCGUGAUGCGAUGCGACGUUAGAGAGGAACAUGGUUCCAAACUAUUCCAAGUUCGCGAAACGACACCAAUUCCCCUAUAUAGUGUAGCGGGACAUCCCCUGAAACCGGAACAGCUUUUGGUAGCCGGUCGCGAUAUGUAUCUUCGAGUGUAUGAUACGAGGAAAACGGAUACACCAUUAAACUUUUACACGGCUAACUUCACUCAGACUCAGCCGUCAGUUCACAAGUCAAUGAUGCAUCUGACAUGCGCCGUGUACAACCACGACGGGUCAGAAAUACUAGGAUCGUAUAACGAUGAAGAUAUAUACUUGUUUGAUACGAAACUUGAUGUUUAUGAUAAGGACACAACGGACAUCGACAAACAGACAUACACACACAAAUACAGCGGCCACCGGAAUAGCGCGACUUUCAAGGGCGUGGCUUUCUUUGGCCCCCAGAGUCAGUACAUUGUGUCAGGGUCUGAUUGUGCCCACAUUUACAUUUGGGAGAAACAGUCCGAGGCUAUCGUUCAAUGGAUGGAUGGGGAUAAUAGUGGUGUGGUAAAUUGUAUAGAGCCCCAUCCCCGCUUCCCAGUAAUUGCUUCAAGCGGUCUGGACAAGGAUGUCAAGAUAUGGAUGCCGUGUCGACAAUCAGAUCCUGAUUUCAAAGGAAUGGAGAAGGUCGUUCGAGGGAACAGCGUGAUCCGCCCUAGUCCAAUGUUCACGGAUUUCUUGCCGACACUUUAUAAUGCCUGGCGUGGGACCUUAACCGACGAAGACUCCCCGGCCUACGGGACCAAUAUAGACUUCGAUGGGAACGCGUGCACCACUUUCUAGCAUUCUAGGAUUUCCCAUCUGAACUUCAUGUGUAUAUAGCAUAAGUUUUCGAUUUUCACACGAAGAUUUUUGUAUUUACAUCUUUUAAAUUUUAUGAAUAUCCGUUUUAUUUAGAUUUUAUAACAUUGUUACACUAAAAUAAACGCUUAAUUUAUUUAAUUUGGCAAUUUUGUAAUAUUUGCGAUGAUUGAUGGCGUGCGUUAACAUGCCAAUAUUUAUAUCUAUGUAUUACCAAAUUCUGUGUCAAGUGUUAGACAUGCUGUGUUAGAUAUAUUUAAAGGGAAUUUGUUUAUUUUACCAAUAAUAGGAAACGUAUAAGGAAACAAACGAAUGAAAUGUACACGCGAUUACACCUUUACAUAUACAGUUAAAAUCUUGUUAUAUAAACUUCAAAAGGACUACUCAUAUUUGGUCGUAAAAACCAAUAGUCGUAUUUAAAUAUUAGUUUUUUGAUAGGCAAUAUUCUGAAUUCGUCGUUUACACUAGCAAUAUCGGGUUAGUCCACAUAUCAAGGCUUUUUAUUUAACAGAUGAGAUUGUUAUUAAGUACCUAAUACAUACAAUUCAGCCGGGACCUUUGAUCGUGGUCAAUAUAACCGGUAUGUUGUUCUAAACGAUGUCGUCGUACACGGUUUUGGCUGUAUUUCCAUUAGUAAAAUGUAAUAUAACAUUGUAUAUUAUGGUUAAAAUGUGUAAAAAUACAAUUUUAUUGUAAAAUUUACAAUUAGUUUGUGUGGCCUUAUAAAACGUUGACUAAAAGGUUGUUUGUGGUUAAUACUAAAACUUUCGUAACCAUGACAACACUUAGUCUACAUUUUUGUAGGUUUGUGCGGAGAAUUUUUCUAAAUCUAAAAAAUAUUCAUUUUACCAUAAUGUAAAAUCUUGAAUACUUGUCGAAAAUUUUCUCAUUCCUCUACUGCUAAGACUUCAUUAAUAAAGCCUAUAAAAUUUCUAUGUAAAUCUGAGAUAGUUUCUGCAUGAAAUAUGAAUUUCAAAUCGACUCUUGUGCGUAACUAGAGGUAACAUUUUUUUUCUAACUAAAUAAAUCAAAGACAAAAUUUAACAACUGUUUGAAUCUGCUCUGUGGUUUUUAUAUAUAUAUUAUGUUAUUUUGAAAAUCCCAUACAAGUUGUAGAAGAACAUUAUAUAAAGCUAUCAAUAAAAACUCAUUUAACAACACAAAAGUCAGUCUUGGCUUUCGAAUUAAAAUCUCACUUCUAUAUGUGCCUUCUAUACGUUCAAACCCAAAAGGUGUUCUCAAUAGAGCAGGACAAACAGCCAUUUAUCUAGUUUCUUAGUCACCUAAACUUUUUGUAUAUAUAUAUGCACCACAUAUAACCAUUGCAUACCAAUUGUAAUGAAUGUAAAUAAAUUGUUGUAAUAAAAUUAGUAUAAUUUUUGAAAUAGUUACUAGUGCUAGGAAAUUAUAUUUAAAGCUUAGAUCUAACCACAGAAGAGAUAAAUAAGAUUAAUUCCAACUUGUGUGAACAAAAUGUUUGCCAUCCAUUUAGUAUAAUUAAGAGCGUACUAUAAUAGCUGCACGCUUGCCCACAUCAUCCUUGCCUUAUUUGUCUGUUCAGUGGAAUUUUGAUAUUUAGCAAAGUUAAUUUUGUUUGUUGUAAACAGUUUUUGGAAUUGUAAUCGGCUUUUAUUUGUUUACUUUAUUAUCAUGUGUAGUGUAACACGAUGGCAUAUAAAGUGUUUUCCGAUAAAAUAUAUCCUGAUUCGAAAAGUUAUUUGCUCUCUUUGUGCUUAGUUUUAAUAAAGUGUGAUCCAAAUUUAUAGCCGUUUUCACAUUUAUUUGAUAAUAUUAAGAUGGCCUUCCAUAUAUAUAUGGUUAUAUCUCGGAACAUAGUAGAGGAAGGUAAACUAUAACAAUAAUAAAAAAAAUAUAACCAAUUCCAAUGCAUCAAAAUAAGUUUUCGAAUAUACAUACGGACUUAUGAAUUGUAAGACUUUAUUGAAUUGGAAUCCUGUUGAUCAUGGUCCUUGGAAAUCUCUACUGUUCUUCGAUUGAAUAUGUAGGUAUCAUAUUUUCCCGAUUUUACGAUUAUGGUGAUUAUUUAUAUGUAGUUGCAAUGAAACUAAUGUACUGCUUGUAUUAAAUAGCUUAAAUACUCAAUUGUAGAUUAUUGUUAAAUAGCAAAUUAUUAUUGAACAAAACGUUAGUUUUUUUUAAAGAAUAUUAUGAUCGCUGAGGUUAAGUAAUGCUUUUCUAGUAUUCAAUAUGUGUUUUUAUUAUCAUAGUAUAAAAUAUUCUCAAGACAAUGUUGAAAAAAAUAUGAAUUGAAAAAUUGGUGUAUUGUAACGGUAAUGGUGAAAAUUUCUCGUCAUAUAAAUUAUCUAUAACAAUGCACUUUUUUUACUGGCAUUUUGAAAUGGUAAUUCUUAAUCCCUCGUGAUCUCGAAUUAACGAUCCCAACUCGAGAUUGUAUUCACUAAUCAUAACACUUAACAAGUAUG